UCCUCUCCCGCCCCGCCCCGCCCCGCCCGCAGCCCCCGCCGCGGAGCCAUGUCGGCCAGCAGCCUCCUGGAGCAGAGACCCAAGGGCCAAGGCAACAAAGUGCAAAACGGCUCUGUGCACCAGAAGGAUGGGCUGAAUGAUGAUGACUUUGAGCCCUACCUGAGCCCCCAGGCCCGCCCGAACAAUGCAUACACUGCAAUGUCUGAUUCCUACUUACCGAGCUACUUCAGCCCCUCCAUCGGAUUCUCCUACUCCCUAGGGGAGGCUGCCUGGUCCACGGGGGGAGACCCCCCCAUGCCCUACCUGACCUCGUACGGACAGCUGAGCAACGGGGAGCCCCACUUCCUCCCCGACGCCAUGUUCGGGCAGCCGGGGGCCCUGGGCAGCACCCCCUUCCUCGGGCAGCACGGCUUUAACUUCUUCCCCAGCGGGAUCGACUUCUCAGCCUGGGGCAACAACAGUUCUCAGGGACAGUCCACUCAGAGCUCGGGCUACAGCAGCAACUACGCCUACGCCCCCAGCUCGCUGGGGGGGGCCAUGAUCGACGGGCAGUCGGCCUUCGCCAGCGAGACGCUGAACAAGGCCCCCGGCAUGAACACCCUGGACCAGGGCAUGGCGGCCCUCAAGCUGGGCAGCACAGACGUGGCCAGCAGCGUCCCCAAAGUGGUGGGCUCGGCCGUGGGCAGCGGCUCCAUCACCAGUAACAUCGUGGCCUCCAGCAGCCUCCCCCCGGCCACCAUCGCGCCGCCCAAGCCGGCCUCGUGGGCCGACAUCGCCAGCAAACCCGCCAAGCAGCAGCCCAAGCUCAAGGCCAAGAACGGCAUCGCCGGGUCGAGUCUUCCGCCGCCCCCCAUAAAACACAACAUGGAUAUCGGGACCUGGGACAACAAAGGCCCCGUGGCCAAAGCCCCGGCGCAGGCCCUGGUGCAGAACCUCGCCCAGCAGCCGGCGCAGGCGUCCCCGCAGCCCGUGGGCCAGCAGAUGGCCGGCAGCCCGCCGGCGGCCCAGGCUGCGGGUGGGCAGCAGCCGCCGGCCCCGCUGCCCGUGCCCCCGGCGCAGCCGGCCCCGCUGCCCGUGCCCCCGGCACAGCCCACCCGCUGGGUCGCCCCCCGCAACCGCGGCAGCGGCUUCGGCCAGAACGGCGUGGACGGUAACGGGGUGGGGGCGGCCCAGACCAGCUCCGGCUCCCCUUCGGAGCCGCACCCGGUCUUGGAGAAGCUGAGGUCCAUCAACAACUACAACCCCAAGGAUUUCGACUGGAACCCGAAGCACGGGCGGGUGUUCAUCAUUAAGAGCUACUCCGAGGACGAUAUCCACCGCUCCAUCAAGUACAACAUCUGGUGCAGCACGGAGCACGGCAACAAGAGACUGGACGCGGCCUAUCGCUCCAUGAACGGGAAGGGCCCCGUGUACUUACUGUUCAGCGUCAACGGUAGCGGCCACUUCUGCGGCGUGGCAGAGAUGAAAUCUGCUGUGGACUAUAACACCUGUGCAGGGGUGUGGUCCCAGGACAAGUGGAAGGGACGCUUUGAUGUCAGGUGGAUUUUUGUGAAGGACGUUCCCAACAGCCAGCUGAGGCACAUCCGCCUAGAGAACAACGAGAAUAAACCAGUGACCAACUCCAGGGACACUCAGGAGGUGCCUCUGGAAAAGGCUAAGCAGGUGUUGAAAAUCAUUGCCACCUACAAGCACACCACCUCCAUCUUUGAUGACUUCUCACACUACGAGAAACGCCAAGAGGAGGAGGAAAAUGUUAAAAAGUUUCAGCAACAGGGAAUUUUUCAUCCAGCAGUUGAAGAACAGAGUCAGGAGCUGCAGCUGCUCACAGUGACAGUUGAUGCAGUUUUGGAUUUUUGAGGACGCCAAGG